AAGCUUACAUCAACUCUGCUUUCACAAAGCUCCAUUCUCACUGUGUAACAGAAGCAGAGCCUAAUUUGCCGUUAUUUAUAGUCUCCUUCACAUUUCCACCUUGUUUUUCUUGGCUUCUGCAUUCAAACUCUCUUUGCUCAUACUAUCCUACAUUGCUUCUGAUAACAUGAAAACUUUUAAGCUACUCAAAUGCUGGCCUAAUACGGCCACCAUUUGUGAUACUAUCUCUCGUUUUGAUUCUGUUAAGAAUAUCGUCGAUGGAAUGGAUUACGUAACUAACCCGAAUGUUGAUACUAAUAAAGAAAGCGAUGACGAUGAAAACUCCUUCUUCCAUUUGGUGUUCACCGGGCGCGACGAACGCCCUAAAGUAGACUCCAACUCGAAGCCUCAUUCUCCAAUUACUAUGCUCAGAUCAUGUACCAAGAUUCGUGUCUUCAUUUUGGGCUUAAAGAAGUUAAAGCCGGAGAAAUCUGGUAUUGAUCACGUUUCUUCUACUGCCAGGGCAAAGCAUAAAAAACAGACACUUUCGCCCAGGACUCAGAGCAAGCGAAUCACUGUAAAACGCAAGGUGAAGGAUGUUCCAGUCAGCUCUAUAUUGUCGAGUGAUAACAGUUUAAGAAGCAAACUGCAGAAAGAGAGAGAGGCGGAAUUUGAAAGAGCUGAUGUGCCCAAAACUAAGUUAUUGAGCUCGCCCAGAAAAUUAUCGGAGGAGAAACAUGGGAACCGAGUUGCUGUACGUAAACAGCUAAGGAAGAGCCCGUCGACGGCAUCCGUUGCCGGAGUUUCAACGCCGCCGAUGAAUCGCAGAGACGAUUCACUGUUGGAGCAAAAUGAUGGGAUCCAAGCUGCUAUUCUACACUGCAAGAGAUCCUAUAGCACAGUAUCAAAAGAUUGUUCGAUGUUAUUACCAAGAUCUACAUCUGAAGAUGUACCACGACCCUCUUAUUAUGAAGAGCAAAGCAGAUGGAGCAUUUAAUAAUCUAUGGUAUUAAAACAGGCUUGUACACUACUGUAAAAAUGUGAGCCAGC